UGGGGAAGAUUGGUCUCGAUGGGACACCUUCCCGACCGUUCACCCCGGGUAUUGGGCUCAAAACGCUGACCCAAACGCAAACGCAAGCGCUGAAAUGGGCGACUCACUGGUUGUGUCGGAAGUUACAUCGCCGAAAAUGAGCGAUAGUGACCGGACGGAGGAGUUCCUCGACUCGCUGGUCGGAGCUAACCCGACCUUGAGGCUGCCCCAUUUGCCUACUCAGGAAAUGCUUGUAAUGUUCGAGCAGUGGUUACAUGCGUCGUCUAGAGAAGAACAUGAAGCAUCACAAGAACAUUUAUUUUCCGACACAGACACCGUAACAUACGAGAAAAUAAUGGCACUUGCAGAAAGGGUGGGAGAUGUCUGCUGCGGGAUAGAUGAGAAUCUGAUUAGGAGGAAUUAUGAAGAAGAAGAAGAUGAUGAUGAUGAUGAUGAACAUUGUGUGACAUGUUUAGAUGUAUUAAUGUGUCGUGAUAUGUCUAGCAUAAACUGUGGCCAUGAAUUUCACUUUGCAUGUAUCAUGCAAUGGCUAAAUGCCCAUAAUUCGUGUCUCCUCUGUAAGAAACAAGUCCUCAGGUUUUGCAAAUAAUGAAAGGCGCCAUCCGUCUUUAGC